UUCCAUACCAAAUUAUUAGUACAUCUCUGCAAAAGGAGGACCAGUCACAGAUAGUUUUGUCACUAAUACCUAUUAUUUUGUCUUUGAUAUACUGCUGGGUCCAGGGAAUUCACCUAGAGAAGUAUGGCAAUCAGGAGUCGUUAGGAUUGAUCCCCUGGAUUAGGUCAAAGGCAUCUAAUACCAAGAUUUUUUCUUUGAUAACAGGUGGCACGAAGCAGUGGAAGAUGCUGUCCUAUUUGGUUGCCCUUCCAGCUGUGGCACUUUGCAUGGUGAAUGCUUUCAUGUCAGGCGAACACGGCCGGCCAGAAUUCAUUGCCUAUGAACACCUGCGACUCCGAACCAAGCGAUUCCCAUGGGGAGAAGGCCAGAAGUCACUCUUCCACAAUUCUCAUGCUAAUGCUCUUCCCGACGGAUACGAAGAAGAAGAGCACUAAGACCCUCUGAAGACGCUUUGAUUUUAGAUAAGAGUGUAAGUUAAAUGUAAAUCGAGACAGGUAAUUUUAUUUUUCAUCUCUUGACUUAUUAUGUACAUACAGUGUUUGAGAGUCCAAGUAUGAGGAGUUCUUAUUAUACAUAAUUGGAAAAUAAAAGUGUAAAUGUA